AUGGGUUUUGAUGCAAUCUAUGAACUUUUACAAAAUAAUCUUCUCGAAUGUGGUUUUGAAGUUUAUCCUUUUCUAAUUUCAUGGUAUAAUUCUAUUGUUGAUCCAUUAUUUUGUCUAUCAACAUAUGAUAAUGAUACAGUUGCUUUUCUUAUUGUUAGUACACCAAGUAUGUUUGAAAAAAUAUUUUUACCUUAUGCACUCGACAGAAACAAAGAUCUUACUCGUGAUCCAAUUGAUUGUUGUGUCAAAGAAAAAAUUCAAUCUGCGAUUGAAAAUAUUCCUGAUCAUGAAAUCGAUGUUCUUUUUGACUAUGAUCUAUGGCCAACACGACGACCAAAAAUAGUUAUGCAAACAGUUGGUCAUAUAUCAGGUGCAGCUCAUUUUUAUAGUCGUCAACAGCUCAAAAAUGAUCCAUUUCCUAAAGAUCGAAAUAUGAUGGGCGUAUGUCUUCAUCCAAAAUAUGGUGGUUGGUUUGCAUUAAGAUCAGUUCUUAUUUUUAAAACACUUAAAUAUCCAUUAUUACCUCGUAUUGCACCUAUUGAUUGUUUAAAUGGUGAUGAAUCAUUAAUAAUUGAUGUUUUAAAACGUUUCAAUUAUUGUUGGGAAGAUAAUACAUAUCGAAAUGUAAUACCAGUCAUUGAAACAUAUUCAUCCUUACAACAAUCAUAUUUUCAAACACAACCUAAAGAUCGAUUAGUUUGGCUUGAAAAUUUACGUCAAAAUUAUGAUGAAAAAAUUUAA